AUGGCACCUCCCAGAAGUAAAGUAUGGAUAUGCUUCACUAAGCUCGAUAGUACAUUGGCUAAAUGUAAAUUGUGUUCAGUGGAUGUAAAGUAUUGUGGAAAUACGUCGAAUUUAAUGAAACACCUUUUGAAACAUCCAAAUGUCCCAAAGUCAACUGAAGCGCUUAACAAAUUUCUGAAAAAUAAUAGCAAUACUCAAACUAGAUUAACUAGUAUUAUGGGUCAAAGCGUUCAUCCCGUUCAGAGUACUUCGUUAUCGAUGACUAUUCAUCCAUGUACUGCAGACGAACAAAUAGAACAGGUAGAUGAUCCAGUUCCAUACAAUGAUACAAUAACAGUGUUAAGACAGCCAAUUGUUGAAUCGUUCAAAAGAUUAAGUUCCUUUAAAGAGGGUGGGCUACUGCAUUCAAGAACAACAAUGACGUUACUAUAUUUCAUUUGUAAAGAUCGAAGACCAUUUCACAUAGUUCAAGGUGCAGGGUUCAAAAGAUUAAUGAAAGAACUAGUGCCUUCGUACAAGGUCCCAUGUCCAGCCACCCUCAAAAAAGUACUCGAUGAUAAAUAUGAAAUCACUAAAAUAUCAUUUAUACAAACACUAGAAGAUGUACAACAUAUGUCAUUGACUUUUGAUGUCUGGACAGAGACAAUGACAGAAACUAGCUUCCUUGGUGUAACCGUUCACUUCCUAGAAAAUACUGUACUUAAAUCACAAUGCUUGGCCGUCCGUGAAUUAAAAGAGAGGCAUACAGCUGAAUAUAUUGAAUGUAUAUUGAAUAACAUAUUAUUAAAUUGGAAUAUUAACAAAGAAAAAAUAGUAACCAUCAUAACAGAUAACGGCGCUAAUAUGAUUGCUUCAGUCAACAAUGUUUUAGGUAAAAAUAAACACACGCCAUGUUUUGCUCAUACAAUAAAUCUAGUAUCAGAGUCUGUAGUCAAACAUCAAAGUAUUGAGCCACUCAUUACAAAAGUUCGUAAUGUUGUUCUUUGGAUAAAAAGAAGCGUUAUUAUUAGUGAUACAUUAAGAAAAGUGCAAAUUGAAUCUGGAGUCCCAGAAGGCUGUGUUAAAAAAAUGGUAUUGGAUGUGAAGACGAGAUGGAAUUCUACCUUUUAUAUGUUGCAGCGUUUUAUUGAAAUGGUCAAUAUUAUAAGCCCUAUUACAUUGCAGCAUAUAACAGCACCAGCAAUGCCCACAGCCAUAGAAAUAAAUACAAUCAAACAGUUUAUUGAACUACUAAAACCAUUAGAAUUUGUCACCAGAGAGUCCUCUGGUGACAAAUAUGUCACAAUUUCCAAAAUCAUCCCAAUGGUGAACUGUCUAAUGUCGCAGGUUAGUUUAUUGAAACCCAGCGAGGGCAUUAUUCAUGAUGUCCAUAAUAAACUAAAUUUGGAGCUUGUUAAACGAUUUGGGAAAAUUCAGUAUGUUACUCAAAUAGCAAUUUCUACACUUUUGGAUCCGAGGUUUAAAAAUUUACAUUUCAGCGAUCCUAAUGCAUGCUCCAGAGCAAUGUCUGCAUUAAGAAAUUUAAUGAGAACCGAAAUGUCAUCUAGUGAAUCAGAAGGAGAAACCUCAGUAGAAGUAGCUUAUGACUUUUGGGCAACACAUAAAGAGUUGGUUCAUAAUCAAGGCAAUAAAAAAAAGAAAUCAAACCCUGUUUAUGCAAGUGACGAGUUGUCACUAUAUUUGGCUAAUCCAGUGACGUCUCUAUCUUUUGAUCCGUUGGAGCAAUGGGAAGACAUGAAGAAUGUAUUCCCAUUGCUGUAUAAGCAAGCCAGGAUACAUUUUUCUAUUGUUGCCACUUCAGUACCCUGUGAGCGAUUAUUUUCGAAAGCUGGCGCCACUAUGAACCAGGCAAGAAACCGUUUGACAAGUUUAUAG